CCCUUGGAUAGAAUUUCACAUUCUACUGUACUGAGUCUAUUACUUAGCUGGUUGUUAAUUCAGUCACAGUGGGGAAAUUUCGUGAUUUGCGUUCUUUUAAUCGAAAAAAUUGCCGACAUGGCACUCAUCAAAAUAAAAUGGAACAAGUGGCUUUGUGGAUUUUGUCAUGCCAGCAAUAUCUCACACAGGGAAGUGAGAGAGAAACCUGGGAAUUACACAAUAUCACCUUAACUAGAGUUCCUGGUUAUGGUUUUGGUAUAGCUGUUAGCGGAGGUAGAGAUAAUCCUCAUUUUGCAAAUGGAGAUCCAUCAAUAGCUAUUUCUGACGUUUUGAAAGCUGGACCAGCAGAAGGAAGAUUAAAAAGUUAUAUUGUAGAUUGUUUAGGAAUUAAAAGACGAAUUGUGUUACCUCCAAAUAGCACAGAACCACAGACAAUGAAAGUUACUUUAACUAAAAACAAAAAGAAAGAUGAUUUUGGAAUUGUUUUAGCGUGUAAAAUAUUUGUAAAAGAAAUUGCAAAUUUCUCAAUAACAGAGAAAGAUGGAGCAAUACAAGAAGGGGAUGUAAUUCUAAAAAUUAAUAAUAAUAAUGCAGAAAAUUUAACUUUAAAAGAAGCAAAAAAAAUGAUAGAUAAUUGCAAGGAGAAAUUAGAACUUGUAAUAAUGAGAGAAAAUGGUAAAUCAAGAAUAGCUGAUGAAUUUGAAAAGUGGUCCAGUAGUAAUUUUUAUGAGUUACCUGAAAAUAAAAAUAUCCAAGACUUUCCAUCACCACCUCCACCACCACCUCCUCCACCAUCACAAACUGGAAUUGAUGUUUCAAAUUCAUGUGCUUUUAGAAGUAAUCAAAAUUUAUAUGUACAACCACCAACAAGAGGUGACUAUAGAAUAUUAUCUGAACAUAUUGAAGGUAAAAAUAAUUUAACAAGAGUGUAUGGUCAAAACUAUGAUCAGUCAAAAGACUCGUCAAUUGGAAUUAAUCCAUUAAAUGCAUCAGAACAUAAGGUUAUUGAUCAGAAGCAUUGUGUUGGAACAAAUGAAUUAGAAUUUUCAAGAACCAUACCAAGAAUUUCAGAUUUGCAUGGAAGAAAAGAGCAAUCAAUUGAUGAAGCACUUAUGAGGAAAAAAAAUUUACAUUUACCAGAUCCACGAUUUAUAUCAUUUCGAAAAGAUGGAAAUUUAGGCAUACGACUUUCAGGAGGUAAUGAUGUUGGAAUAUUUGUUGCAGCUGUACAGACUGGUAGUCCUGCAGCACUUCAGGGUUUACAAUUAGGAGAUAAAAUACUUAAGGUAAAUGAUGUAGAUAUGAGAGGUGUUACUAGGGAAGAAGCUGUACAUCUUUUGCUUAGUAUUCAUGAUGACAUUAAUCUUAUAGUGCAAUAUUGCAAAGAAGAAUAUGAAGAUGUAACAGCUAACCAAAAGAGUGAUUCUUUUUAUAUAAGAACUCACUUUAAGUAUGAAGGAACUUCAAAAGGAGAAUUAAAUUUUCAUGUUGGAGAAGUUUUUCAUGUUAUAGAUACCUUAUACAAUGGGAAUUCAGGUUCAUGGGUUGUAUACCGUUUGGGAAGAAAUAAUCAACAAAUACAAAAAGGCAUCAUUCCUAAUCAGAGCAGGGCAGAGGAAAUAGCAAAAAGUCAACAAUCUCAACAUAGGAGGGAUCCUUCUACAGAAAGCAGAGGAAGUUUUUUUAAACGCCGUAAUGCUCGAAGAUCUAAAUCACUUAGUAGAGAUCACUGGGAGGAAUUAGUAUUUGCCGAUUGUUCCACCAAAUUUCCUCCUUAUGUAAGAGUUGUACUAAAGCAUCCUGGUUUCAUAAGGCCUGUGAUAUUAUUUGGACCAAUGUCAGAUAUUGCUAGAAGUAAAUUGCUAAAAGAUUUUCCAAAUACUUAUGCAUCACCUCAAUUAGACAGUAAUUUAGAUGAAUAUUCUGGAAGUCAUAAACAUUCUGGUAUAAUUCGUCUGAGUGCCAUUAAAGAUAUUAUUGAUAAGGGAAAACAUUCACUAGUAGAUAUUACACCUGGUGCAGUAGAUCGAUUAAAUUAUGCCCAGUUUUAUCCAAUUGUCAUCUUUCUUCGAGCAGAUAAUAAACAUAUCAUAAAAGAAUUAAGAUCAAGACUAAUUAAAACAGGACAAAAAAGCUCAAGAAAAUUAUAUGAACAUGGAGUUAAAUUAGAAAAAUUAUGGUCUCAUAUUUUUACAGCAACCAUUGCACUAACAAAUAAUGAUAUGUGGUAUCAAAAAUUACAAGAGGUUAUAGAAAAACAACAACAACAAUCCAUUUGGGUCUCUGAAGUAAUGCCAAAAGAAAUAAUAACAGAUGAUUUCCUUUUCCCAAUGACUUCCCGUCUCAGUUAUGCUUCUUCACCUGAAAGUGACCUAGAUUUUAAUGUAGAUAAUAGAUCAAUAAGUUAUCAAGAUCAAAUUUUAUCAAAAUUUUCCUGUGAUAGUUUUAUGGUUAAAGCAUCUAGUGAUCCAAGUAUAGCUGCCAAAGAAAACAUUGACCAAUUGGAUAAUUAUAAUAGUCCACCUUCUUAUACACUUUCCAAACCGAAAUCUGUAAGUAUUUUUUUAAGAGAAUAUAUAAAAUAUUUCUUUUCAAUUUUAAAUACGAUAUAUAUUUUUAAACUGUUUUAUAAUAGUCUAGUAUUUUUAGAUUAUUAUCAAUUAAAGCCAAAGGCAAUUUUUCCACAUCCUCCACAGAUUAAUCGUGAAAAUAAGCCAUCUCACUACAGAAACACUCAGGAAAGAUUGCUCAGUUGUCUAGGUAUGCUACAUUAUGAAAAUGAUUUAAUUUUGUUUUAGAUGAUAAAAUAUUUUUAAUUCUGUCAAAAGUUAUUUUAAUCCAAUAUUUUUAAUUUAAUAAUUUCUGAUUAU